AUGUUUCCCUCCCUCCCUGUCCUCGCCUCAGCGGUGGCUAAAAUUUCCACUCCCUUCCGACGCUCUCAACUCGGUCUCUUCCACGGGAAAAUUAAACAGUACGGUAACAACGUUCCGCAUUCGAAACACAAAACCCGGCGGACAUGGCUACCUAACGUUCAGAGCAAACGCCUCAAAUCGGACGCGCUCGGGCAUGAGGUGAAAGUGAAGCUUACGACGCGUGCACUCAAGACGAUAAAGAAGCACGGCGGGGUUGACAAUUACCUUCUUCGAACAAAGCCUGAGUUAUUAGGUCUCGAAGGAAUGCGUCUUAGAAUUUUGGUGCGCGAAAAGCUUGACAUAAAACGCGUGGAAGACGAGGUCGCCGCCGCCGCUCAAGCGGAGCAGGAAGCGAAGAUGCAGCUCGAGAAGGAGGUGAAGGAAGCAAAGCGGAGACGAAAAGCAAGAGUUGUCCAUGCGUUCAAGUUACGUGAGGCCCGACAAACUAUCACUGGAGGAAUCUUUGGAUCCACGACAUCAAGCACGGCUCGACCUACCGCAUCAUAG